ACAGUGACGAAACUCGGAGACGGGAGAAGAAGACACAUUGCAAAGACCGGCCAGCAGGAGUUCUUUUGUUUUCACCUGUAACAUUAGCACAGUUACUUUGUUGAUCCAGCUGCGCCUGGAGAAAAAGCAGUCUACAUAUCUGUAUCUUCAGAGUUAAAACUUCAACUUACAGUCGACCGAUUGGCUUCAUCACGAGCUGCCUUCAUGAUGAACGCGUCCCAGACAAUGGAGACAGAAGAGGAUCUCCUGACGUGUCUCCACAUUAAGCUUUACCACCCGCAGCAGAGUAGCAAGGGCAUGUACUCGCUGCUUCCUUUGGGGAAGCGGGUCAGACAGCCAGCAGAUGAAUCUCUCAGACUGGGUCGUGACGCCCAGGCCUGCGCAUACUCCCUGUUCGAUCCCCGGGUUUCCCGCAAGCAACUGGCCCUCCACCCUUACCGAACACCCCAGAACCCGGACUUGCUGUUCACCAUCCAGAACCUGAGUCAGAGAGGACGAGUGUCAGUGAACAGCUCAACACUGGGCUAUCUGGAGAGGAUGGACCUCCCAGACAAGGCCCUGAUCCGAUUCGGAGAGUAUGAAAUGCUGCUCGUCCGUGAGACCGGAGAGGCCCAGGGGAGCUUCGAGGUGGAGUUUGAGGUGCUGGCAGCGCCUCCGUCCAGGGAGACAGGCAUGUGUGAAUGCAUGACACCAGUCAUGGAUACAGGCUCCUGUGUGAUGAAUGGUUUCCUAGGGGAAGUCAGAAGACUGGGUCCCCUGGAGACUGAUGAGACUCUCAUGUAUCGAUCAUGAUAAAUCAUAA